AUGUCGUAUUUACUCCCGCAUCUUGAAAGUGGCUGGGCCGUCGAUCAAGCCAUAUUAAAUGAAGGUGACCGCGUUGUAGUGAUUCGCUUUGGACACGAUCAUGAUUCGACGUGUAUGCAGAUGGAUGAAGUGCUCUGUGGUAUUGCUGAGGACGUCAAGAACUAUGCUGCCAUUUACGUUGUUGAUAUUACCGAAGUGCCGGAUUUCAACACGAUGUACGAACUUUACGAUCCGUGCACUGUGAUGUUUUUUUUUCGCAACAAGCACAUUAUGAUUGACUUAGGCACGGGCAACAAUAAUAAAAUAAAUUGGGCUUUCAAUAACAAAGAGGAAAUGAUCGACAUCAUCGAGACUGUCUACCGUGGUGCGCGCAAAGGUCGAGGACUUGUAAUCUCACCGAAAGAUUAUUCUACCAAGUAUAGAUACUAA